GCCUAGCAUUCAUCAGCUAAACCAGAGGAGUCCAUCAGGGAUCCGAGUCUGGGUUCGGUUCUGGUUACACUUUGACCUGAAUCGCUUUCUGUGGCUCUUUUCACCAGUUGUGGCUCUUUUGUCGCUUUGACCAAAAGUGACAUGAAGCCAAUACAUGCACGUUCGUCCGUUAUGUUUGAGUAGUUUAGUCCCACUUUUAUUAGGGAAUGGAAAUUAAAUAUGAGAAUGACACCAAAACGCACAGGGGUUCAAGCAUCGUUUUAGUACCAGAGUGACUCGAGAGGUCUGUUGAUUUUCUGGUCCGGAUUAUGGGGAGCACUUUCUCCACCCUCACCGUUGGGGGAGCUGCACGGACCAUCCGGGUUCUGUCUGAUGGUGGGAGAGGGGCUCUGUUCUGUGGCGAGGUGGAUGGACUGAGUGGGUGCAAUGGCAGCAGGCAGACUGAGUUUCAGGAACAUCACAGCCCUGGCCCCCAUGGUCCGGGUGGGGACUCUUCCUAUGAGGCUGCUGGCUCUAGACUAUGGAGCAGACUUGGUUUACUGUGAGGAGCUAAUCGACCUCAAAAUGGUCCAGUGUCAGCGGGUGGUGAACGAGGUGCUGGAAACUGUGGACUUCAUAGCUCCAGAUGAUCGUGUUAUGUUCAGGACCUGCAUGAGGGAAAAGGACCGAGUCGUCUUCCAGAUGGGAACUGCUGACCCAGACAGAGCUUUGGCAGUGGCUCGUCUUGUGGAGAAAGAUGUGGCGGCUAUUGAUGUGAACAUGGGCUGUCCAAAGGAAUACUCCACUAAGGGUGGGAUGGGAGUUGCUCUUCUCUCCGAUCCAGACAAGAUUGAAGCUAUCCUGAAGAAGCUGGUGACAGGAGUUUCUAUACCAGUCACAUGUAAAAUUCGAAUCCUGCCUUCAGUGGAGGAGACGGUCAGUCUGGUCCAGAGAAUCGAGAAGACCGGCAUCGCUGCCAUCGCUGUUCACGGGAGGUUUAAAGAGGAGCGUCCCCGACACCCAGUCCACUGUGACUACAUCCAGGCUGUGGCUGGAGCGGUGUCAAUCCCUGUUAUUGCAAACGGCGGCUCAUUGGAUCUAGUCAGGACCCACGCUGACGUAGAAGAAUUCAGAAAGGCAACAAGUGCCUCGUCUGUCAUGUUGGCCCGCGCCGCCAUGUGGAACGCAUCAGUGUUUAGGAGCCAGGGACUGCUACCUGUGGAGACUGUCAUGGAGGAAUAUCUCAGAUAUGCGGUCCAGUACGAUAACCAUGCCUUUAACACAAAGUACUGCCUGUGCCAGAUGCUGAGGGACAAGGUGGAGUCUCCUCUGGGCAAGCAGGUUCAGGCAGCUCAGACCAACGCGGAGAUCAGUGAAGCGUAUGGCCUGCAGGAGUUUUACCAGCAGACCCAGGAUCGUCUGCAGACCAAGAGGGACACCCUGCAGAGGAGCAGCCAACCAAGCUGUCCCGUUAUGGAUGGAGACAUCAUCACUAUGGCUAUCAAGUUUGAACGGAGGGAGUAUCCACCUCAGAUCACACCAAAAAUGUUCCUGCUGGAGUGGAGCCGCAGAGAGAAACUGGAGCAGCCUCGAUACAAAACAGUGCAGCGUUCUCAAGAUCGAGCCUUUCAGUCCACAGUGACUGUAGCAAAGAAGAAAUACCGAUCAUCACUUUGGGAGAAGUCAAAGAAGUUUGCAGAACAAGCUUCUGCUAUUGUUUGCCUGCGAGUUUUGGGAAUUCCAGAGGGUCGGCUUGGCGAGGAUGACUCUGGCCUGGUCUGCAAGAGGAAGAGGGAGGGAAGGUCCAACGGUAACAGCGAAGAAGAGAGGGGCAAGAAGCUACACGUAGAAGCAGAGGCCUCAGAGCCUGCAGCACCGGCCGAGGGAGAAGGUCCAAACCAUCCUACACAGUUAGCGGGGACUUUAUAAGGACCCGGUCAGACCCCAGCUGGGACAGAAGCAACAAACAUCUUUAAGAGACGGAUACAAAGACUUUUUAUUUAAUGCUGAAGGGAGACGUCAUCAGAACUGUUCAUGAAUUCUGUUGAGGAUCAGCUCAGCCUGCAGUUCUGCUUCAUCUGACAUAAAACCACAUUUUAGUUUUGAGCUUCAGGUGUGGAAGAAAAACCAACAGAAUGACGAUGCAGAUGUGCUUCUUCAGUUAUUCCACAGAACACAUCAUCUUUGAUUCUGAUGCUUCUCAUAGGAACAUUUGCAUCUGACUUUCAUUCUUCUAUUGUUCAUUCUUUUUUGACAAAGAACAAAAUGUCAUUUACUUUACACACACAAUACUGGGAAAACGUUUGAAUCCACUCCUCACUUCUUAUUUAUCCAUCAGACAGAUUUCCUGGAAUAACAGUUCUCCAAAGGUUCUGAAGGUCUAAAAUGUCUUUCUAUGGAACUGAGCUCAGUUUGUGUGUGUGUGUGUGUGUGCGUGUGUGUGUGUGCGUGCAAGCACGUAUAAGGCAAGACACAAGUCUUGACAACUCUCCCCUAUAAGUAAAGCACAUAAAGCUGCAAUCA